AUGGCUCCCAUCAAGCGCAAGGGGAAUGCCCCAGAGGAUGUUUCUGCCCGUAACCCUCAGAAACGUGUGCGCGUGGGCACUGAAGAGCGCAAGAAAGAGGGCAAGAACCUUUUGUCCGCCGACUCUGCGCCGAAAGCUUCUGAGCUCACAGUCGUGCGAGACGACGAGCCCUCCUUUCCUCGUGGUGGCGGAAGUGUCUUGACACCACUUGAACGAAAACAAAUUCAUAUAAAAGCGACAAAGGAUGUUCUCUUCGAGCAAAAGAGCGGUGGUUCCAAGAAGCCUUCUAAAGGACUCGACGAUGGAUUCGAGGAUGAUACAGAUAUGGAAGACGCAGACGAGGAGAACGAGACAGCUCCCUCCAAGAAAUCCCAAAAGCCAAAGGGCAAAGGCAAGAAAGAUGCGAAAAAGGAUAAGCGUGAGAAGCAGGGUGUGAAGAUUGAAGGCUUAAGCUUCAAGCGUCUGGUACCGGGGGCCCUCAUUCUAGGGCAAGUAUCAAGCAUAAAUGCCCACAACAUUGGGCUUUCACUCCCAAACAACCUGACCGGUUACGUCCCUUUGACCGCCGUGUCGAAGACGCUCGAAAACAAAAUUGAAAAGAUGUUAGAGGAGGAGGAGGGACAGAACUCAGACGAUGAGGAUUUCGACUUGAAGGAUUAUUUCUAUCUGGGUCAGUAUCUGCGAACCUACGUCGUAUCAGUUGGAAAUAAAUCGGCCGACGCCAGUUCAAAGAGCAAGAGGCGCAUCGAACUCUCAAUCGACCCAAGGUCAGCGAACACCGGCCUUCAAAAAACAGAUAUUGUCGUCAACACUGCUGUUCAAGCGUCUGUUGCGAGUAUAGAAGAUCAUGGUAUGGUCAUGGACCUAGGUAUUGAGGGAUCUGAUGUCAAAGGAUUCAUGUCAUCAAAAGAGAUUGACCCCAAAACGGACUAUUCUACCACCAAGGAAGGUUCCGUCUUCCUGUGCAUGGUCACUGGUCAAAACGCUAGUGGUAAUGUGGUCAAACUGUCCGCCAACCUCCAAUCUUCCGGGUCGAUCAAAAAGUCCCAUUUCCUUAGUGUGGCGCCUACCAUCAGCUCUUUUGUUCCGGGUGCUGCGGCGGAAAUUCUUCUCACCGAUGUAUCCUCAACAGGAAUGAUUGGGAAAAUAAUGGGAAUGUUGGACACUACCGUGGAUUUGGUGCACUCUGGUGGCGCAACAGGGAAAACGGACUUGACGAAAAAGUAUCACAACGGUGCUAAGAUCAAGGGCCGUAUAUCAUGCACGUUCCCUGGAUCGGAGCCCUACAAAAUUGGUUUCUCAAUGCUCGACCACGUUCAAAAAUUCACAACUGAGGGCCAUGGCCCCAAUUCCUCUGAUGAUGCUCCUGGAAUCUCUGCCGUGAUACCGGAGGCUACCAUUGUGAAUGUAGAUCCAGGCCUUGGUGUGUACGUCCAAAUUGGAUCCACGAAGCAUAUGGGAUUUGUCCAUGUUUCAAGACUAGCAGAUGGGCAGGUCGAAACGAUUUCUUCCGAUCAUGGCCCCUUCAGAACAGGCACCACUCACGAGGCGAGGGUUGUUGGAUAUAGCGCUAUUGAUAACCUCUACUCACUUUCUUUCGAGAGAAAGGUUAUUGACCAACCCUUCUUUCGUCUAGAGGAUGUCACCCUUGGUGCAGUUGUCAAAGUAAAUAUAACUAAGGUUCUGGUUGGAGAAUCCGGAGUCACUGGCCUGAUUGUUUCUCUAACCGACGGUAUAACGGGGUUCAUCCCAGCGGUGCACUUUGCAGAUACGCGCUUACAGUUCCCCGAAAAGAAAUUUCGAGAGAAUGCCACAAUCACAGCAAGAGUCUUAUCAGUUAACCUCGAGAAGCGUGAAGUCCGUUUGACUUUGAAAAAGAGUCUCCUGAAUAGCGAAGCUGCCGUUUGGAAAGACUACCGAGACAUACUCCCCGGCUCUCAGUCCCCGGGAACCAUUGUCAAUAUCUUGCCUAAUGGUGCCGUGGUUCAAUUUUACGGUUCAAUCCGCGGCUGGCUUUCCGUAUCGGAAAUGAGCGAGGCUUAUAUCAAGGACCCUUCCCAACACUUUAAACUCGGCCAAGUCGUCAAUGUGCAUGCAUUGAACGUCGACGCCUCUCAGGAGAAGCUUUCUGUGUCUUGUAGAGACCCAUCAUCCCUUGCUGAAGGUUACCGCACGGCAUUUGAAACUAUCCGUCCUGGCCAGUCUGUCACUGGAACUGUCUUUGAAAAGUCCGACGAUUAUGUGCUCCUAAAGUUGGAUGAUCUCGGCGGACUCGUGGCUCGAUUGAGCGUGGAUCAGAUUGCGGACGGAUCUACUUCCAAACGGGCCUCGACUCUAUCCAAGGUCCGAGUGGGACAGAAGCUUAACGAGCUUGUUGUCCUUGAUAUCCACCGUGCCCAUCGCCUCAUUCAUGUGACGAGUCGAGCAAGCCUUAAGAAGGCUACCAAGCAAGGGAAAAUGCCGAGCACAUUCGAAGAGCUUCAGGAAGGCUCUGAAAUAACAGGUUUCAUCAGAAACAUUACGUCUACUGGCCUUUUCGUGCAAUUCCUCGGUGGACUUAUUGGCCUUGUUCCGAAACGGCUUAUUGGACCGGAUGUAGACAAGCCUGCUUUUGACAAAACUAACUUCCAGGUGGUGUCUGCGACAAUUCACUCUCUUGAUACUGAUUUCCGGCGCUUCAUUUUGAGCAUGGAUCCUUCGGAGGCGACGCAUGCUGGUCUAAAGGAGCGGUCCACAAAAGAAGGGAAGAAAUCCGCAAAGGAGUCAGCAGCUGCUGGCGAUGAGUCUCUCGUCGAACCCAUUGAUGGGAGCUUAAAGAGCAAGUCUGAUAUAACCGUCGGCCGUGUUUUGAAGUGCAAGAUCAAUUCGGUCAAGGGGACCCAGAUCAAUGUCAAGCUUGCCGAUAAUGUUCAAGGUCGGAUAGAUAUCUCCGAGGUGUUUGACAAAUGGGAAGACAUUGAAAACAAAAAACAACCUUUAAAUAAGUUCCGCCCCGGACAGGUCGUGACGGCAAAGGUUCUUGGUAUGCAUGAUGCUCGCAGUUACACCUUCCUACCCAUCAGCCACCGCACCGGAAAAUUCCACGUCUACGAACUCUCCAUGAAGCCUCGGUUUGUCAAGGCAGAUAACGCUGCGCCCUUGACCAUUGAGCAAGUGCAGGCUGGUUCGUCAUCUUUUGGAUUCGUCAAUAACAUCGGUAGCGACUUCUUUUGGGUCAGUCUAUCGCCCAAUGUCCGUGGAAGGUUGCGGUUCGUUGAUGCGUCUGACGACCUCUCCCUCCUUGCGAAUAUUCAAAAACAAUUCCCGAUUGGAUGUGCUUUGAAGUUCCAUGUGACUGCGGUCGACGCUGCGAAGGGCCACAUUGAUCUCUCAGCGAAGGAAGGGUCUGAUAGCAUCACAAUUGACGACCUGUCCGUUGGCAUGAUUUUGCCUACUAGGGUGACGAAGGUUACCGAAAAACAAGUCCUCAUGCAACUCAACAACUCAUUAGUUGGCGCUGUUGAAUUGAUCGACUUGGCGGACGACUUCUCAAAGGCUGAUCCAAAUACCUAUCAGAAGAACGAGGUCGUCCGUUCAUGUGUCACUGGUGUAGACAAGGCCAACCGGAAGAUUUAUCUCUCCUUACGACCAUCGAAGGUGCUGAGCUCUUCCCUUCCUGUUCAAGACCCGGAAUUCACUUCCAUGAAGCAGAUAGGGGUCAAUGAUAUUAUUCGCGGUUUCGUGCGUCGUGUUACUGAUGGAGGACUUUUCGUGACUGUCGGCCAUGACCUUGCAGCCUUUGUUAGGAUUUCCGAUCUCUCCGACUCGUACCUUAAGGAGUGGAAAGACUCGUUCCAGGUUGGCCAGUUGGUCAAAGGCCGAGUCACCGUCGUUGACCCGGAGCAGAAAAAGCUCCAGAUCAGUUUAAAGAACUCUGUUCUUGAUCCAAACUACAAGGCCCCGGUCACACUUCACGACCUCAAGCCCGGCCAAGUUGUCACUGGCAAAGUGCGUAAGGUUGAGCAGUUUGGUGCGUUCAUCGUUAUUGAUGGUUCGUCUAAUGUUAGCGGACUUUGCCACCGCACCGAAAUGGCGGAUAACCGCGUGGAAGACGCCAGGACUUUGUAUGAUGAAGGGGAUGUUGUCAAAGCAAAGGUUCUCAAGGUCGACCGUGACCAGGGAAAGAUCUCUUUUGGAUUGAAGGCCUCCUAUUUCGACGAUGCAGAAGAUGAGAGCAGUGGCGAUGAGGAUGACGAAUCUGAAGGGGUUAGUCUCGACAGCCUUGACGGCGGUGCCGACAUCCAAGGGCUUGACGACAGCGAAGAUAAUGACAGUGACGCUUCAAUGGGUGGAGUUGAUCUUGGCGACGAGAGUGAAAGUGAAGGCGAGAGUGAAGACGGCUCGGAAGAUAGUGAUGGCGAACCCACAAAAGGGACUCGACAGGGCGGCCUUGGUGCCUUUGGGUUUGAUUGGAAUGGCAACGCGCAAGAUGAAGACGAGGAUAUGCGAUCUGAUUCUGACGAGAACAGGGCGCCACAGAAGAAGAAGAAGCAUCGCAAGCCAGAGAUCCAAGUUGAUCGUACUGGGGAGCUUGAUGCUAAUGGGCCACAGUCGAUUGCAGACUACGAACGACUCUUGCUUGGUGAACCUGACUCUUCCUUGCUUUGGCUGCAAUACAUGGCUUUCCAACUGGAGUUGGGUGAAGUCGACAAGGCCAGAGAAAUCGCCGAACGUGCUCUUCGUACCAUUACCAUUGGCCAAGAUACCGAGAAGCUCAAUAUUUGGGUUGCUAUGCUCAACUUGGAGAACACGUAUGGCGAUGAUGACUCCUUGGAAGAUGUGUUCAAGCGUGCUUGCCAAUACAACGACACGCAGGAAAUCUAUGAACGCUUGACGAGCAUCUACAUCCAGUCGGGCAAAAACGAGAAAGCAGACGAUCUCUUCCGAACUGCCCUCAAGAAGAAGGUCUUCCCAUCCUCUCCCAAGUUUUUUAUCAACUACGCCACUUUCCUAUAUGAUACCAUGGCUGCCCCCGAUCGCGGACGUGGCCUACUCUCUCGAGCCCUCCAAUCCCUCCCCUCCCACACCCACGUUGAAACGACAUCCAAAUUUGCACAGCUCGAAUUCCGCUCUCCGAACGGUGACGUUGAACGUGGUCGCACCGUAUUCGAAGGCCUUCUCUCAUCUUUCCCUAAGCGUGUUGAUCUUUGGAACGUCCUUUUGGACCUGGAAAUCAAGAAUGGCGACGCAGAGCAGGUCCGCCGCUUGUUUGAGCGCGUUCUUGGAAUCAGGGACACAAAGAAGAGCACCGGCUUGGUUAUCGAGGAGGGUAAGAAGGUUAAACCUAAGCAGGCUCGCUUCUUCUUCAAGAAGUGGCUUGAGUUUGAGGAGAAGAAGGGUGACGAGAAGACGGUUGAAGAAACGAAGGCUAAGGCAGCGGAGUAUGUCAAGUCUCUGCAGCAGGAAUGA